UCUCGUCGACUCGCUUGGACUCGCUCGUCGUUAACCUUCCGCUAAACUCCUCACCGUUCGCCAGCUUUGACGUUCGACUCGGUUACCGACGGUCUCUCGUGACCUCCAAAUUUCCUGUAUUUUGAUCGAAAACUGAACGAAGCCCUCUUCCAGAGCAUUCCAGAUACUCUUCCCAGUUCCCACUCUCGAGGUGAUCGUCCGUCUGCAGUUAGAAGAUUGCCGGAGAGCUGGUGAAUAUUCGAGGUUUACGAGGCUUGGAAUCGCAGGCAUUCUCGCGACGAGAGACAGCUGGCAAUCUCCCACUCUUGAAAAAAAUACAUUCCAGAUAGAUAUAUAGAUAUAUACAUAUCUAAAAUGUCUACGCGAUACAUGAAAAAACUUUACGGCAGCGACGGCUGGACCCUCGAGAAGGAUAACGACAAUGCGAGUGACGCGGAAGUCCCGGUGACCAGCAACGCCAAAUCCAAGUCUUUCAAUGUAUUCGACGUGUUGAAUCAGAACUCCGAUAGGGAUGAGGAUACUGAUGACAGGCAGGAGAACGAGGAUGAGGACCUGGUUGUAAACAAUGCAGAUUACAACGAUACGAAGCGUAGAAAGAGGAAGAAAAAGCAUAAGAAGUUGGAGAACGAGAGAGUCAAGAGCCACCAGCAAGAGCACGACGCGGAGUGUAAUGAAAACAUAGACGAGAUUGAACGAAGCGUAAGGGAGGUGAACAAAUUGCUCGGCGAGCCGCUGCCGGGUUGCAGUAAUGAAGUUUUGGAAGCGCAAUGGGUUAAUGGAGUAUCCAAGGAAAACAUAUUGACCGUACAACGCAAACACUUGAAUCCAUAUAACGAAUUGAAGAGGAUCUUUGGUAGUAAAACUAUAGAGGCUACACAAAGCAGGAGAAGCAACAAUAAAGGCCGUGGGAAUUUAAAGAAGACAUGGUUGAUUUGCCCGCAAGAUAAUACCUGGGUACCGACUAGAAAAUCUGGAUUAUCCAUGUCUUUAGAUAACUCUAUGCAGACUACGGAGAAUGUACAGUACUUUGUAUAUGAACAUAGCGCCUCGUACAAAGAGAUACAGCAUAAAUUCUUGCAAGCCGUUGAAAGUCUGAAUCCAGAGAACAUAAUUAAUAUAGUAAAUGCCCAUUCUUACCAUAUAGACUCCCUCCUGCAGGUAUCUGAAAUGUGUAAAAUAAACGACGACUUAGCCUAUGCAGCAGAAUUUAUCAAACGGGCUCUGUACUGCUUAGAAUGUGCGUUUCAUCCAUUCUUCAAUAUAACAACCGCGCAGUGUAGGUUGGACUACAGAAAGCAACAGAAUCGUGCACUUUUUAUAACGCUUUUUAAACAUCUUGGGUUUGUCGGUGGACGUGCUUGUUAUAGAACAAGCUUGGAAUUUUGUAAAUUACUUCUGUCAUUGGAUCCUGAGGGUGAUCCACUAGCAGUGGUCCUGUCCAUCGACUUCUACGCCUUAAAAGCCAAAGAAUAUGAAUGGUUCAUAAAGUUUUGUAAUCUGUGGGAAGACUCCAGAAAUUUAACUCAACUACCGAACAUAGCAUAUAGCCUGGCCUUGGCUCACUUUCGUCUAGGAAAUAAAACCGAUGCCGAUACGCUUCUGCAAAACGCUCUUAUCAUGUUUCCGCGUGUAUUGAUGCUCUUAUUGGAGAAAUGUAGCAUACAAACAGAUUCGAAGGUAAUGUCCCACGAAUUCUUCAACUCUAAAGCACAAGCUAGCACAUCACCGGCUCUAGAGAAGCUGCAAAAAUUGUAUGUAGUGCGCAGCUUCCAUCUCUGGAAGGAAGCAGACAUUUUACCGUGGUUGGAGGAAAAUGUGCACGCUGUGUUAGGUCGAAUUGAGUCUAAAGAUGAUUAUAUCAAGUACUGUCAAGUAAAGCGUAGCAAGCGCUAUCGGGGAAAGCUGCCAAGAAACAUUUUGAGACACAUUAUAUUAUCAGACUUGCAAGAAGUUGUAGUUAACGGUCAGGAGAUUCAGGGCGAGGACCCAAUGCUGUCACACGAUCCAUUGCCGCCAUUAGACAGCAUCGAUAUUUAUAAAAGACCUACGCCAAACGAUAGACCAGUCGAAAGCAGUUCAAAUUUCUUUUCCCUCUUUUUCUCUUCACUUUUCACGGACAUCAAUGGCGCAACUGCUGCUUUAAAUGAUUUGAAUCUAUUCGAGGAGAACGAUGACCACGCAUAAUAACGACUUCCCCUAAUUGUAUGGAACUUUACAACACUAAAAGAAGAAAUCUACAUAAAUUGUGCAAUUUUAAAUAACACACAUACGUCAUUUUAAAUAGUACAUGUAAAAAUGCAAAAAAGUAGUUUGUACAUCGAUAGUUCAAUAUCCAAGAUAGUUUCCGAUUCGUUAGAUUUCGUGUACAAAGAAAUUUCAUGUAUAAAAGUGCAAUUUUGUUAGAAUUUCUGCUCAAUGUAAAAAUGCUUCUGAAUAUAUCAUGUAGCGUUGCAUUAUUGUGCAUCACUACAUAAACCACAGAUAAUUAUUGUAACAUCAUCUCAUAAAUCUGUUAUUAUAUAUAUGCAUUUUUUUAAACUUGUAAAUAUAUAUCUAUACUGCAGUAAAUACUA